AUGGUGGAAAAAGACCACAAUACGAGUAGAUCUCGUUCGAACUCGACAAUCAGUACAGACUCAGACUCGACAGCAUCACGAAUCCAGUCUCGUUCACAGAGCCGAGCUUCCAAAAUCAGCAUUGGAUUGAACCGCACAUAUUCAGGAUCAUACCCGGAUGACACAGUCCCAUAUCACAUCAAGGACACACCCUCAGAGGAACAAGAGGAUACUGAAUUUCCCGAGGGUACCCGGCAGGAUAGGGACUUGGAAAGAGGACCAAAUGCGGGGCAAGUCCUUGAAAAGUCAAAAACAGGGAGAUCAACACUUGCCAACUCCAAACUGGUAACAUGGGAUGGACCAGAUGAUUCUGCAAACCCAAAGAACUGGCCUACGCUCAAGAAAUGGGCAGCAGUCGUCAUGGUCUCGUUGUUCACCUUCAUCUCGCCCGUUUCCAGUAGUAUGGUUGCGCCUGCCCUCGAUUCCUUGGCGGCUGAUUUCAAUAUCUCCUCUGAGAUUCUACUUCAAUUGACGAUGUCGAUUUUCAUCCUCGCAUAUGCCGUUGGUCCACUUUUUCUCGGUCCGUUGUCUGAAGUGUAUGGUCGAACGAUCGUCCUUCAACUAGCCAAUCUGUUCUUCCUGGUCUUCAACAUCGGAUGCGGAUUCGCAAACACAACAACUCAAAUGAUCGUUUGUCGAUUUUUUGCAGGAUUAGGUGGUAGUGCCCCACUAGCUAUCGGCGGCGGAGUUCUCUCAGACUGUUUUCCUCCAGAGCAACGUGGCAAAAGUCUUGCUAUAUACAGUCUCGCUCCUUUACUUGGCCCAGCCGUAGGCCCAAUCGCAGGCGGCUUUAUUGCGGAAAACGUGACUUGGCGCUGGGUAUUCUGGUCGGUCUCUAUCGCCGAUGCCGUAAUUCAAUUAGCCGGUAUAUUCUUCCUCCGGGAAACAUACGCCCCCAAGAUUCUCGCCGACCGCGCAAAGCGUCUAACCAAAGGUACGGGCGAACAACACCACACAGAAGCAGAACUCCAAAAGAUACCAUUCACUCAGAAGCUUCAAACAUCCCUUGUUCGACCAUUCCGCCUCUUACUCACCCAGCCCAUCGUCCAAGUCCUGGCUGUCUAUAUGGCCUACAUCUACGGUCUGAUGUACCUGAUGCUCGCCACAUUUCCGUCCCUCUGGACAAGUGCAGAAUACUACAACGAAUCCUCCGGAAUCGGUGGACUAAACUACAUCUCCAUCGGAAUAGGUUUCUGGCUCGGCUCACAGAUCAGUGCGCAGUUGAUAGACCGAAUCUACCGUGGCCUAACAGCAAGGAACGGUGGAGUCGGACGGCCCGAAUUCAGAAUCCCGCUUAUGAGUAUCGCCGCCAUCCUCCUUCCAGCCGGACUAUUCAUCUAUGGCUGGACAGCCCAGGAACACUGCCACUGGAUCGCGCCAAAUAUCGGGGCGGCAUUGUUUGGAAUGGGAACGAUCAUGGCAUUCCAGUGUAUUCAGACGUAUAUGGUUGAUACGUAUACGCGGUUUGCGGCUAGUGCACUGGCAGCAGGUGCGUUUUUGCGUUCACUGGCUGGAUUUGGAUUCCCGCUUUUUGCGCCUUACAUGUUUAAUGCGUUGCAUUACGGAUGGGGAAAUAGUUUGUUGGCGUUCGUAUCUCUUGGUAUCGGUAUUCCGGCUCCGAUUAUCUUGUGGAAGUUUGGGGAAGGGUUGCGGAAGAAGAGUACUUACGCGGCGGGAUAA